CCUUAUUUGGAAACAAUUUACCUUUAUGCAAUGAUUUAUAGCCACAUAAAAUAUACGUGCCUCAUUCUUCGCCACAAAUUAAAAAGUGUUCUUUCUUUUCUUAAACUCUGUGCACAGUUACAAGAGUUCACGUAAAUUGAAACUAUAUGUAUAAUAGAGUAAGCUGGUUUAGAUACGUACACGUGUUUGAUGACGUGGAUAUUGCCUUGGCUCUCCCUCUUUUCUUCUUCUUCUUUACUCAAUUUCUCUCUCUACAAUUUUCUCAUUUUCUCUCUCUUGCCAUAUUUUCAGGGCUGUAUUUUAUGCAGUUGGCAUAAUAAUCUCGGUCGGUAGCGACGAAAGGAAGUAAUCAGUUCAGCAGUAAUUAGUAGAGCAUCUAGUUGCUUUCUGAUACAUGGGAAAUAGCAAGGAAGGAAAAUCUUGUAAGCCUGAGAAAUCAUCUUCGACCGCACCAGACCAGAGCAGUAUUCACGUGUAUCCUGAUUGGGCGGCUAUGCAGGCAUAUUAUGGUCCUCGAGUAGCUGUACCUCCUUAUGUUAAUUCUCCUGUUGCACCUGGUCAUGCUCCUCAUCCUUAUAUGUGGGGACCGCUACAGCCUAUGAUGCCACCUUAUGGUGCACCAUAUGCAGGAAUCUACACGCAUGGUGGUGUUUAUGCGCAUCCUGGAGUUCCUAUCGUGUCUCGUCCUCAGGCUCAUGGAAUGACAUCAUCUCCUGCUGUCAGCCAAACCAUGGAUGCUGCCACUUUGAGUAUGGACACUUCUGCUAAGUCUUCGGAGAAUACUGAUCAACGCACGAGUAAGUUAAAAGGUUCUAAUGGGCUUGGAAUGUCAAUAGGAAAUCGCAGUGUUGACAAUGGCGAUGGCACUGACUAUGGAGCUUCUCAGAGUGGGCAAACUGAAGGUUCAAGUGACGGAAGUAACAUACACACAGCAGAGGUGGGUGAGAACAGUAAGAAAAGAAGCCGCGAGACAACUCCUAACGACUCUGGUGAUGGAAAGACUCGGACACGAAGCAGUCCACAACCUAGGGAAGUAAAUGGGGCUAGCAAGAAGGAAACUUCUAUAGCUGUUAGUCAUGGUAACAUAGCAGAGAAAGUAGUCGGAACAGUAUUUUCUCCAACCAUGACUCCUACUCUAGAACUGAGAAAUCCUGUCGGUACACUAGUGAAAGCUAGUCCAACUAAUGUUUCACGAAUCAGUCCUGCAGUGCCGGGCGAAGUCUGGUUACAGAAUGAACGUGAGAUCAAGCGGGAGAAGAGGAAGCAGUCUAAUAGGGAAUCAGCAAGGAGAUCAAGGUUGAGAAAACAGGCAGAAGCUGAAGAUUUGGCAAUACGAGUUAAAUCUUUAACCUCUGAAAAUUUAGGACUCAAAUCGGAGAUAAAUAAAUUCAUUGAAAACUCUGAGAAUUUAAAGCUUGAAAAUGCCGCUUUAAUGGAGAGACUGAAAAAUAAACAACGAGGAAAUGCAGAAGAGGUAACUUUUGGUAAGAUUGAUGAUAAGAGGUUGCAACCCAUUAGCACAGCAGACCUAUUAGCAAGAGUCAACAACUCUGGUCUGUUGGAUAGAACCAACGAAGAUAGUGAAAUUCGAGAGAAUAAUGCCUCAGGAGCAAAGCUUCAUCAACUUCUUGAUGCUAGCCGCAGAACUGAUGCUGUGGCUGCUAGAUGAUCCAUAGUCACAACCGUGAUCCCCUGGUUCGAGAUCUUGAAGUAUAGUUUGAUUGUGUAAUUUUGGUGCAAGUUUCAAACUUACUGUUAACGCGCAGAAGUACAGUACAGAAAUGCAGAAUAGGACUAUUAAACAUCAGAAACUCUAAUUUUACCUAAUUGUAACUUAGCAAUGGAAGCUGAGGAAUGCUCCUCCCCCCUCCCCCAUUUACUUCAGAGUGCCAUAUUGCAUGGUCUUAUUUAAAUUGUUAAUGUUAAUCACACUAGAAAACUUGACUGAGGAGUGAAAAGAUUUUGGUUUGGAUGUCUGAAAGUAUUGCCUAUGGAAGCAGUGAACAAGUGAUCUUUGUGAUA